AUGCUCAGAACUCUGAUUUCCAUGGCAAGUGAAGGAAGUGUUCAGUUUCUUGCUCUUGCAUAUGUGGCAGAUAAUGUUCCAGAGGGCAAACGGGCUGCUGUUUUCGGGAUCAUGUCGGGCUUUGCAUCUUCUUCUUUCGUAUUCGGGAAUUUCUCGGCUCAUUUUCUAUCCACUUCGGCCACAUUUCAAGUUGCUGCUGCGAUUUCGGUUAUUGCGUUGCUCUAUAUGCGAGUGUUUCUUCCAGAGUCCAGUGGCAUUUGCCCGAAAACCUCAGAAAUUGAUCGUCUUCUAGAAAAGGGUCCCUCGAAAAAGUCGAGUCUUUUCAAAACUCUGCCUUCUGUGGACGAUACCAUUUGCUUGUUACGGUCUAGCCCCACUUUCUCGAAAGCAGCUGUGGUAGCAUUCUUCAUCAAUGUUGCAGAUGUUGGACUCUACACUUCUUUGAUGUACUACUUGAAGUUUCAAUUCCACUUUAACAAAGACCAAUUUGCAGACCUGAUGAUAAUUGCCGGAAUUGCCGGAACUAUAUCACAGCUGAUUGUUAUGCCCUUAUUAACUCCACUCAUGGGAGAAGAGAAGAUGCUUUCUUUGGGCCUCCUUUUCGGCUGUGCUCAUAUGCUACUUCACAGCAUUGCUUGGGCGCCUAGGGUUCCAUAUGUAGCAUCAAUGAUUACAGUUAUCUCCACUUUCGCUCUGCCAUGUUUACGAAGCAUUGCCUCAAAACAAACAGGACCGAGUGAGCAGGGAAAGGCUCAAGGUUGUAUUACAGGCAUAUGUUCCUUUUCUAACAUUGUCUCCCCUCUUGCCUUUAGCCCUUUGACAGCAUUGUUUCUAUCGGACCAUGCACCAUUUCACUUUCCUGGAUUCAGCAUUAUGGUCUCGGGCUUAGCUGCUAUGAUAGCAUUCUUGCAAAGUCUCAUGAUUAGGCCAGCUCCAUCUCGUGUGGAUAACUGCAGCAAUGUUAGCACGUCUCGGCAAAUAGAGCCCUUAGUUUGA